CAGUGAACCGCCAACAUGUCGACCGUCGAGGAGCUCAUGAGAGAUUUUGAGGAGGAGGAUGAGGACGUCGCGCAAGAGGGUUUACAAGAAGGCCUCCAAGAUGGAGGAGCAGAGGCUGAAGAACCCGACGACGAAGAGAUGCAACAAGCGCCGGCCCCCGAAACCACCAACGAAUUCGACAGAGCCGUAUCUACCGGCGAAGAACUCAUACGUCUACACAAGGUUCUGCGCGAUCACUACUCGAUUCGAUUCCCGGAGCUGGAAACUCUCGUAGCGAACCCGAUUGACUACGCGAAGACGGCUGCAAUUAUCAAGAAUGGUCCGCUCAAUGAUAUCAAGACGCUGGCAGAAUCGUCGGAUAAUUUGGUCGGCACAACACUUUACUCGGUCUUGGAUAAACCGUCCGUGAUUGCGGUUACUGUUGAAGGAACGACCUCUGGCGGCCGUGAAAUGACUGAGUCCGAGUUGAAGAUUGUGCUUGAUACGUGUGACAAGAUUAUCAAGUUGGAUCGGGAGCGAACGGCGCUCACGCAGAGCAUUCAGUCCCGGAUGAGCCAGAUUGCGCCUAAUUUGGCUGUCUUGAUUUCACCCGAAACUGCUGCUCAGUUCCUUAACCAGACGGGUGGACUACGCGAGCUUGCGAAGAUUCCGGCGUGUAACUUGGCUGCUCAGGGAUCGAAGAGGAAUGAGGGGUUGGGAUUUGCUACGAAUACGAGUAUACGUUCGCAGGGCUUCUUGUACCAUUCGCCUCUUAUUCAAGAGAUUCCGAACGAUCUGAAGCGACAGGCAAUCCGUAUUGUUUCCGCCAAGAUGGUUCUUGCUACCAGAGCAGAUGUCUCUGGCUUUAGCCCCGAUGGUUCGCUGGGCGAGGAUUUAAAGCAGCAAUGCUUCCAACGGUUGGAGAAGCUUACCGAACCACCACCGAACGCUAGCACGAAGGCCCUUCCCGCGCCCGAUGAUAAGCCGUCGCGAAAGCGAGGUGGAAGAAGAGCUCGAAAGGCCAAGGAGGCUGUUGCCAUGACCGAGAUCCGCAAAGCCCAAAACCGCGUUGCAUUUGGUAAAGAAGAAGCAGAAGUCGGCUACGGAGCGGGUGAAGGAACCGUCGGUCUGGGAAUGCUUGGUCAACAAGAUGGAGGUCGUAUCCGAGCCACCCAGAUUGACCAGCGAACCAGGGCUAAACUCAGUAAAUCCAACAAGGGCUGGGGUACUGCGACACCCGCCAGCAGCGGUGUCGCUUCGUCGCUGCGCGGUUUCGGGCAGGGUGGUGCUGGCGGUACCGCCAGUGUUCUACAAGCAAAGGGACUCCGCGCGUCAGGCGUUGGCACUUCGUUGGGAGGAUCAGGUACAGCGAGUACCAUUGCCUUUACACCGGUGCAGGGUCUGGAGCUCGUCGAUCCCAAGGUGCAGAACGAGUUGACACGCAAGCGCAAGGCCGAAGAGGACCGGUGGUUCAAGUCGGGUACCUUUACACAGUUUGGAGGAUCGCAGUCACAGAACAAGAGUAAUGAGAAUGGUGGGUUCAAGGUUCCUCCGUUGCCCUCGAGGAAGAAGGUCGAUACGGGUGAGGGUAAGAUGGGGCCUCCGCCACCGCCAUCGAAGUAGUUCUUUUUCUGUCAUUUUCUUCAGGCAUUUCAAGGCGUUUUCGAUUAGGUUUGGUUUCGGAAUUUAUUGCAUGAUACCAGAGUGUGUGAUAGAAAUUAAUGGGAUUUUCCGUCCG